UGCCUGACGUAACUGAGGCAGAAAGGACCAAGGGGAUUUUGUUACAGGAGGCUGGGGAUUGAAGGGAGGACUAACAAAUUCAUAAAUAAUAUUACAAAUAAAACCUAUUUGCUGCUUUAUUAUGAUUUUUUCGUAUAGAGAACUAUUGUAGAUGAUGCUUUAAGUAAUCGAGAUAAGGUCAUAAAGGAGUCCCGCUUAGCUUUUUUUGUUUUAUUCCCUACAAGUUUUUGGGCUUCUACGAUCUCCUUGGCCUUAACUGCUUAGCCCGAAAGGUAAAAGAGAGCGGAAGAAAAAAUGGUGUCGUGGAUCAUUUCGCGAUGUGUCGUACUCCUAUUUGGGACUUUAUAUCCUGCUUAUUAUUCCUACAAAGCUGUAAAAACAAAGAAUGUGAAAGAAUAUGUUCGCUGGAUGAUGUACUGGAUUGUCUUUGCCCUGUAUACUGUACUUGAAACAAUUGCAGACCUCAUGGUGUCUUGGUUUCCACUUUACUAUGAACUGAAGAUUGCUUUUGUAAUUUGGUUGUUGUCUCCAUACACAAGAGGAGCCAGUCUUAUGUACAGAAAGUUUUUACAUCCUCUUUUAUCUUCGAGAGAACGGGAAAUUGAUGAAUAUAUUGUUCAGGCCAAAGAACGAAGCUAUGAAACCAUGGUGAAUUUUGGGAAACAAGGAUUAAAUUUAGCUGCUACUGCUGCGGUUAGUGCAGCUGUUAAGGGUCAAGGAGCCAUAACAGAGAGGCUCAGAAGCUUCAGCAUGCACGAUCUAACAGCCAUUCCUGGAGAUGACCCGUUGCAGCAGCCUUUCUCAGGUUUCUCUGAUCUUCGAAAGAGGUCUCCAAGAAAUCUCCCAGAAGGAUCUAGUUAUAAAUAUGAUUAUGACCAGGAUGAUGCAGAUGAUAGAACUGAUGAUGACAUGGAAGGAGCACAUUCAGAAGAUGAAAGAGUGGCCCAAAGAGGACUCCGGAGAUCUCAAAGCGUCAAAGUGAAAAGAUCAAAAUCCGUUAAAGAGAAUCGAUAUGGCUCUCUAAAGCUUAAACCCAAAAAACGACCAGGACUGAGUGCUGCAAACUACGCACAGUAACUUUUGCACAAAAUCAUCUGACUGCACUACUUUAGGGAACCAAAUGUUGUCUGUCAAUAUUGUUUUAUGCAUGUGUUUUUAAAUGCUGUAAUUUUGUAUUUUUGUUUUAAAUGCUGAAGUUACUUUUCUGAUUUCAUAUUCCUUAGCUUGGCUGCUUGGAAAGAAGCAAUGCUUUAGUUGCAAAAACACUAAAAUAAUUUU